AUGAAAGCUACAAAAUUACUAGGUGGGUUGUUAUUUGCUUGUGCAACCACAACCAAUGCUGCCUCAUUUCCUAAUCAAAACCAAAUUGUUCUUGAAAAUAAUGUUAACCAGAUAGGCGAUAUCUUUGGCAGUAUCUCUGAAUUACCAAAUGAAGUUCAAUCAGUAUGGCAAGAAAUGAAAGAAACUUUGACUCCAAGUCAAAUCAUGAAAUUGAUUAAACAAUACGAAUCUAAAUCAUCGUCCUCAUCAUUCUCAAAUUCUUUGAAAUUCAACCCUGCUUCUACCAACCAGUUCGAAGCUUUGUCAAAUGAGAAGUACUCCGAUUAUCGUUUACGUAUCAAAAAGACUCAUCCAGAAGUUCUCGGUCUUGAUGUUGUUAAUCAAUAUACUGGUUAUUUAGAUAUCGAAAGUGUUGACAAGCAUUUCUUUUAUUGGUUCUUUGAAAGUAGAAAUGAUCCAGCUAAAGAUCCAAUCAUCUUAUGGUUGAAUGGAGGGCCUGGUUGUUCUUCAAGCACUGGACUUUUCUUUGAAUUGGGUCCUUCUUCAAUUAAUGCCACUUUACAACCAGUCUAUAAUCCAUAUUCCUGGAAUUCUAAUGCAUCAGUUAUUUUCUUGGAUCAACCUGUUGGAGUUGGAUAUUCUUAUACUGGUGGUGACCAGGUUAGAAAUACUGCUACUGCGGCUAAAGAUGUUUAUGUGUUCCUUGAAUUGUUCUUUCAAAAAUUCCCUCAAUUCACAAAGAAUAAAUUCCAUAUUGCUGGUGAAUCUUAUGCAGGUCACUAUAUUCCAAAAUUCGCUUCGGAAAUUUUAAGUAAUAAAGAUAGAUCAUUUGAAUUAGCUUCAGUGUUGAUUGGAAAUGGUAUUACUGAUCCUUUAGUCCAAUCGGCAUCUUAUAGACCAAUGGGAUGUGGUGAAGGUGGAUAUAAAUCGGUGUUGACUGAAGAUCAAUGUCUUCAAAUGGAUAAAGAUUAUCCUAAAUGUGCAAGAUUAACUAAAUUAUGUUAUAAAUUCCCCAAAGCAUUAACAUGUGUUCCUGCUCAAUUUUAUUGUGAUAUUAAGUUAUUUAAACCUUAUCAAGAUACAGGCUUAAAUCCAUACGAUAUUAGAAAGGCAUGUGAUGAAGAAGGUGGAAAUUGUUAUAUUGAAAUGAAUUACAUGGAUGAUUAUUUAAAUCUCGAAUAUGUUAAAGAAGCAGUUGGUGCCUCAAAUAUUGACAUUUAUACCUCGUGUGACGAUAAAGUAUUUAGAAAUUUCAUUUUGGAUGGUGAUGAAGCAAAACCACAUCAGCAAUAUGUAGCUGAAUUAUUAGAAAAGGGUAUUCCUGUAUUGAUUUAUGCGGGAGAUAAGGAUUACAUUUGUAAUUGGGUCGGAAAUUAUGCCUGGGUAAAUCGAUUAGAUUAUUCAAAGGGGAAAAAGUUCGCCAAACAACCUACUCAACCAUGGUAUCCUCAAGGAUCAAAUAGCAAGGCAGGUGGGGAAGUUAAGAAUUAUAAAACAUUUACAUUUUUGAGAGUGUAUGAUGCAGGUCACAUGGUUCCCCUUGAUCAGCCGGAAAAUGCAUUAGCCAUGGUUAAUACUUGGAUUCAAGGUGAUUAUAGUUUUGGCUAUUAG